GCGGUAGCAGUUUCCUGAAACUCCUGGGCCCCGAAUUCUGGGGACCCGUUUUGAGCCCCCUCGGAGGUGUCAUGCCGAGUUCUUUUUCUUAAGCCCCAGAACUUGGCUUCGGCCUUGGGAGGGGUGGGGGGCAAACUCAAGUUCUCCUCGUCCUCGAGCCGGCUUGCCCCGAGUUCUCGCGAGACCUGCAGGCGGAGCCGAGAGCAGCCCAACAGCCGGUUGAUCCGAGGAGCGAGCUCACCUGCCCCGGGAGCCUGGGACCCGCCCGCAGCGGCGGCCGCGCCCGCGAGCGAGCCCGACGCCCGCGGAGACCGCCCGGGAGGGACCCCGGCAGCGAUGGACGAGGACCUGGUGCUGGCAAUCCGGCUCCAGGACGAGUGGAACCUGAUGUCGGAGCGCGAGCGGGCCCAGGCGCCCCUGUCACUGGUGGACGCGUCGUGGGAGCUGGUGGACCCCACGCCGGACCUGCAGGCCCUGUUCGUGCAGUUCAACGACCAGUUCUUCUGGGGCCAGCUGGAGGCCGUGGAGGUCAAGUGGAGCAAGAGGAUGACCCUGUGCGCGGGGAUCUGCUCGUACGAAGGGAGGGGCGGCAUGUGCUCCAUCCGCCUCAGCGAGCCGCUCCUGAAGCUGCGACCCAGGAAGGACCUCGUGGAGACCCUCUUACAUGAGAUGAUCCACGCCUACUUAUUUGUCACUAACAACGACAAAGACCGGGAAGGGCAUGGCCCCGAGUUCUGUAAGCACAUGCAUCGCAUCAAUCACCUGACUGGCGCCAACAUUACGAUAUACCACACCUUCCACGACGAAGUGGACGAGUACCGGCGCCAUUGGUGGCGCUGCGAUGGGCCGUGUCAGUUCCAGAAACCCUACUACGGCUACGUGAAGCGUGCGACCAACAGGGCUCCCUCCGCGCACGACUACUGGUGGGCGGAGCACCAGAGCACCUGUGGGGGCACUUACAUCAAAAUCAAGGAACCGGAGAACUACUCCAAAAAAGGCAAAGGGAAGACCAAGCUCGCAGCAGCGGAGAAUAAAGAUAAAGCGAACGGAGUUGUGCCGUUCAGCGGGAGAGGCCAUGUCCUGGGAGAAACAAACAACCUGCCGUCCCCCGGGAGGGUCACCGCUUCACCUGCUGAUAAAGCCCAGCACCCUUCAGGUCAAGACCACUCAGCAGGUGCUGGGAGACGGAGUGCGAAAACGGAGGCGAAAUCUGAACACAACGGUUCCAGGGAAAAAACGGCCUCUGUGCUGAACACCGGUCGCCAGAACGUGGUGAGCAACUACUUUCCCCGAGCGUCCGUGGCCAACCAGAAGGCGUUCAGGAGCGUGAGCGGGUCCCCCACGAAGGGCGCAGCGGCGGGCGACACGGGGAAGGGCGCUGCCUCCUCCGCUUCUCAGAGAAGGACUUCCUCCUCCAAGGCCGCCCUCAGGAACUCGCUCAAAGCGGCGGAGGCCACGGCCGCGACUGCGUCCCGGGCCGAAGCCGAACCCCAACCCCAACCCCAACCCCCCAGGAAACGGCGCCGGCAGGAAGACAAGACGGUUUUUGACAAUUUUUUCAUCAAGAAAGAGAAAACGCGAAGCGGUGGCGGCGAUCCCCAGUGCAGCUCACGCCCUGCGGCUGCCACGCAGAGUUCCGGCAGCUCCACCAGCUCCACCAGCUCCACCAGCCAGAGCAAAACAGUGGCUUGUCCUGUGUGUCAGAGUGAGGUGCUGGAGGCUCAGAUUAACGAGCACUUAGAUGUGUGCCUUCAGAGCACAGAUGUGUGCCUUGAAGGCGAGAGCAGCAAAGUCAAAAGAAGAAGAAAUCUUUAAAAAAAAGAAUGGGUCUCACACACCAGCAGUGUGACCUCACCAUUCGUGUCAGUCACUCAGGAAGUUCUGGGAAAUGCUGAGACGUGUAGGUUAUAGUCUAGCUGUAGUCCCCAACAGAUGUUCUAUUUUCCAUAUACCUACGACACUGUAAUGUGAAAUAUUUGUCCAAGGUGCUAUAUUUAUAUUCACUCGUGCCUUACGUACACUGCAGCCCAGCUCUGCGUGUUUACAUACAUAGUUUUGAGAUACUCUUCUUUCUUGCUCUUAAGGGUUUUAAAUAUUUUAAUCUUUUUGUGUACUUCCCUCAAAAUAUUUAGUGAGGAAUUAAAUAUUUGGUUAAAUUGAGUAUUUAUUAAUAUUAAAACUCAUUCCUAGUACUGUUCAUGUGUAUAGUGUCAAGCAUAUUGACCAAAACACAAUCUAGAAUACAAAGUUAGCUGCGUUAGGGUACUCAAGGUUAUUUAAAAAACUUUUUAGAUUUUUUCCUCCCAAAUCUUAACAGGAAAUGCAUUUUAUAUACUUGAAUUUUAUUUGUUUGACUUUGGUGGUAACUGAUUUUAGGUGAAAGUAGAUAUCUUUUGGAGUAUUACUAGUCAAAUAGCCACUAUAAUUUUCUAGGCCAGAGUUUAGUUUUUUCAAAAUUUAGCAAAAUGAGUGGCUAAAACUUGGUGCUAAUUAAUUAAUAUAUAUAACAUAGCAGAGUUAGUUGCCUAGUUUAUGCGACAGUGAGCCAUUGUCUGAAAGUAGUAGUAUGACGCUAUAAGCCAAAGUUGAAACCAUUCUAAUAAUAGGAAUAUUUUAGUGAAGGAACCUCCUUUUAUCAGUUUACUUCUGUCUCCUGGCUAUUCCUCCAGCAUAUUGGCAUAUCCCUAAGACGUGCGUUCCCAAGUUUUCUUUCUUCGGAACUUGGGUGCAACAUGACUUGUGUGUACAUGAGGCGCAGAGAUCCUCGGGGUGAAGCUGGGGCCCUGGUGGCGCCUCUACCCAGCUGACACCCCGCUCCCUACACGUGAGUUUUCUUCUCUCACCACAGGUUGGUUUAGCUUGUUUCUGAACUUCAUAAAGUAAGACUUUGUUGAUAUGUGUAGCACAAGUUCAUUCUUUUUUUUUAAAUUGCUCUGUAGUACGUAUGUGAAUAUGCCAACAUGUGUACAUCCAUUCUAAAUUAAUGGACGUUUGAAUUACUUUCAGUCCGAGCUGGUGAUUACGAAUAAUGCUGCUAAGAACAUCGUCAUUUUCUCGGGCAUGUACCCAGAAUUGGCUUGCGGGCUCCCAGGUUAUUUAUGGUUAGCUCUAGUAAAUUUUGCCCGUUGAUGCUCCUACCAGCAAUGUACGAGGGUUUCAGUGUCCAGUUAUUAACACUAUUAUCAAUCCUUGUCAUUUUAGCCUAUCUGGUUGACAGUUCACAAGUUUUGAUAUUUCUUAAGUGUGAAGUUGAAAAAUAGUAUUUAAUAAAUACAAAUUAUUUUAAAUGUGUGUAUUAUGUUGAAUAUAUGUAGUUACACAUUUUGAGCCAAAACUGUACAAGGUUCUGAGGCUACGAAGUAAAUAAGAUAGUCCAAGUCUUCCCGUAGCUGUACAGCCUGCUGGGGGAGGAGACAACGGCAGGGGAAUUUCCAUAUGGUAAGUGCUGCCAAGGUCCCUACCAGGUGCUGUGGGCCUUAAGGACAUGGGGGGACAGCCCAGGGCCCUGCUUCAGGGGACGUUCCUUGGAGAUGACAUCCGAGUUGCUCUAGGGCGAGCCAAGUUGGCCUGGUAAGAGGAUGGAAAGAGUUGAAAAGAGAAGAAACACAGAAAAUGCCAGGAAAUAGAGCAGCCCAUUCUACCGGGAGAACUACGCUGUCCACAGGAAUAGAGUGAAUGUGAGGGACAUAGCGAGAAUUUUGAGGGCAGCGACCCUAUCUGACGUUGUCCGUGUGGUCCCUGAAAACACACCUGUUGGUUCAGGUGGGGUGGCGCACCUGGGACGCCAGCUUGUAAGCCAGCCAGCAUCUGAGAAGUGUUUGAUGGAUUCUCUGCAGGCAACACAGAUGGGAGGAAGAAGGCAGUGGGAUGGAGGAUGGCAUGGAGAAGUAUUUAGGUGUAAAAUCAAGAGUUGGUCGGUUUCAAGCAAUGAUGGAAGAAAUAUGGUUAGCUAUAGAGAAUACUGAAAUUAAAUUUGUCACUAAGUCUUCACUUUAACCUGCUAAAUACUUUUUAAGAAUUCUGUUACUCCCAAGUCUGAGUCGUUUACUCUAUCAAAGAAAUAGUUUUCUGUUCUAUUGAUUAGGUUCUUCCCCUUUAAAGCAAACCUCAUACCCUAAUACGGAGCUGGUGAUUCUGGGACCACCUCUAAAUGCUGCCUCCCUCAUUUAGGUAGAUGGGGAGUACACUUCAUUUGGGAUUUCUGAAGUCAAGGUUAUAUGCUAUCUAGCAAAACUAACUCUAAAGUUAGUGUUUUGUCUUUAUGACAAAAACUUCUGACGGUUCCAAAGCUCUGAGACUACUAUUUCCCCGAAGCUGAUAGGGUUUUUAAGUAAAUUAGAAAGUCAACGUGAAACAGCCGCUGGAUCUUGGCAAACGUGGUGCCCAGCUGUGAGCCCAAGGCCCACCCAGCAUCGCGUCUCAUCGGGCUGCGGGAGGACAAAGCUAAACGCUGUGGUUUGAUCAUCUUUACUGAGAGGCAAUCGCUGCCUUCCUUCCUAGCAAUCGGUUGUGGUGGCUGACUAGCAGCAGAGCCACCACAUGAGGAGAAACUCUAACGUACAAUCAUUAUUACGGGUCAGAUUGCUCCGGGAGUGGAAAUGAACAGAAAAGGGUGCGAUGUGGAGAUCAGCUCUGGCUUGCCUUUAUUUUUUCUGACAUUCCACUAGAAUAUUAUAAGUUGUAUGACCACAUACUUCAUCAUCACAUGAAAUAGAAAGUAAAAGACUUUCUUAAGUGA